CCUUCCCCACCAUUCCCGUACCUUUGUUUCCUCUUCCCCUAGCUAGUCCCGAGUCCUGACCUACCAAUCUCGACCUACAUCCCUACUCUUCCACCGCGUGGGCGCGUGGCCUACAAGCCGCCGCCGUGGCCAUAGCUCACGGCCGCCGGCUGACGCCCCCCUCAAACCCCUCGGCCUUCGCCGGCUUCGCCGUUCCUGUUCAUGCUCAUCGCGUCCCUGCUGUCCCGGCCCCGUCCGCAACCUUUGGCCAUCGGAUUUUGAGGUAGUGUACUGAUGAAGACAGAGAUUGAGGAGGAAGGCAUCAGAGGGUCCUGGACUGAGGAGGACAAAUCCCUUUGUGCUUCUGUGCUGGGCUUAGAUGCCUUCACAUAUCUGACAAAAGGUGGAGGUGCCAUAUCUGAAAAUCUCGUAGCAGCGUCUGGGUUGGUGGGCUUGCAAAAUAAACUCCAGGACCUGGUUGAAGCUGAUGGUAAAAGCCUUUGUUGGAACUACGCCAUCUUCUGGCAACUCUCCCACACCAAAUCUGGUGAACUUGUCCUUGGUUGGGGUGACGGAUCUUGCCGUGAACCCCAUGAUAAUGAGAUGAACUCGACUACUCGUGGUGAUAUUCAUGAUGCAUCUUCACUGAGCCAACAAAGGAUGCGUAAGCGAGUGUUAGAGCGACUGCAUACAGCAUUUGCUGGGGCUGAGGAGGAGGAUGAUGCUCUCAGAAUUGACCAGGUGACUGACACUGAGUUAUUCUUCCUAGCAUCCAUGUAUUUUGCAUUUCCACGUCAUGUAGGUGGCCCUGGGCAAGUGUUUGCAACAGGUGCACCCCUUUGGAUUCCUAACAAUCCGCACAAGGUUUCCCCCUCAAAUUAUUGCUAUCGUGGAUUCCUUGCAAGUGCAGCAGGAUUUAGGACUAUUGUUCUACUGCCAUUUGAAGCUGGUGUACUUGAGUUAGGCUCAAUGCAGAAUGUGCUUGAGAGUGCUGAAGCUCUGGAAACCAUAAGGUCUGUGUUUCUAGGGGCAAGCAGUAAGAAGGCAGCAUCUGGGAAGCAUGAUGAGAAUGGUUCUGCUCAAAUAUCACCCGGUUUGGCUAAGAUUUUUGGGAAGGAUUUGAAUCUGAGCCGACCUUUAGUCAACACGGGAGCACUUCCAUUAAAAAUGAAUGAAAGGUCAUGGGAUAUGCAGAAGAAUUGUGGUGGUGAGAGCCUGUUGCUCCCCAAUGUCCGGAAAGGUUUGCAGAACUUCACAUGGAGUCAGGCUCGAGGCCUGAAUUCUCAUCACCAGAAAUUUGGCAAUGGUAUUCUAGUUGUGAAAAGUGAGACUUCACAACGUAGCAAUGGAGCUGCGCAUAGCCCUGGAUUGAGCCCAUUUCAGCUCCAGAAUUCACAGCAGAUACUGACACAACCACCACCUCAGUCACAGACACCGAGGCAUAUAGAUUUUAGCGUAGGGUCUAGUUCAAAAUCUGGUGUUUUGACUUCACAAGCAGCUCUGUUGGGUGGGGAAAAUGGCAGUGUCGAUGGUUUGUGUAAGGAGCAAGUGGCCCCUACAAUGGAGGGCCAGCAACCAAGAAAGAGGGGAAGAAAACCAGCAAACGGGAGGGUAGAGGCACUUAACCAUGUUGAGGCUGAGCGCCAAAGGAGGGAAAAACUCAACCAGAGGUUCUAUGCACUGAGAGCUGUUGUUCCCAAUAUCUCAAAAAUGGACAAAGCAUCGCUCCUGGGAGAUGCCAUAACGCACAUCACUGAUCUCCAGAAGAAGCUCAAAGAGAUGGAGUCGGAAAGAGACAUGUUCUUGGAGUCUGGUAUGGUAGACCGCAGGGUCCAAACACCUAGGCCAGAAGUAGAUAUCCAGGUGGUGCAAGAUGAGGUUCUUGUUCGUGUAAUGUCACCUAUGGACAACUAUCCGAUAAAUAAUGUGUUCCAAGCUUUUGAAGAGGCAGAAGUCAAAGUUGGUGAAUCAAAGAUCGCAUCCAACAAUGGGAAAGUUAUGCAUUCCUUUGUUAUCAAGUCCCCUGGCUCUGAACAGCAAACAAGAGAGAAAUUGAUUGCUGCUAUGUCUCGUGCAAUGAACUCCAUGUAGAAUUAUAACUUGAUGCAUUAGAGGGCAGAUCGUUUUUCUAGUUGCGAACAGGUAGCAGUGGUAGACUCCCAGUGUCCAUGUAAUUGCUACAUGACCACAGAAAGCUCAGGUUCUGACUUCGCAAAAUAAUCUGUAUGUGCAAAUUACUGCCGUAAAUCUUUAACAGUCUGUCCUGUGGUCAGUUACUCAGUUCAGUUUUGAUGUUUCUUAGAUGGAGAUUAUAGUUACAAUGUAUUUUAGCUAUUUAUUAUGAAUCAAUAUAAACGAUGCUUAGCUCCAUGGAGGAAGAGGGAAAAAAACAUCAAUUUAGUUUGAGAGAUUCCAGCCCAGUAUGCUGAAGGUGAUCGGAGUGGUGCAUUUUCCCAAGCAAAGCUACACAAUUGUGCAUUUUCCUUGUCUUGUUAAACCACCAGGUAUGGAGGUGAGUGGCAAGCAAGACCCCUAUGGGUUUGGCUGACUUUCACCUUCUGAAUUUUCUUUUCAGCAAGUCCUAACCAUAUCUGGUUAUAAUGAAAGCUGAAGAACAUCAAAUCAUGUCGCUUGCCUUGUCUAUUUUUUACUCAGCUUAUGUUCAUGCUUUCUUCCACCGAGGCUUCAGUAACACUACUAUUGUACGCAUUUCGCUUGGUGAGCUGAGUCCUGCCAUUACUUGGAGUCAAGCAAAGAUAUUUAUAUUUUGUACACUUGAAUGUUAUAUGUAUCUUAAAUGCCCAUGCUGCAGGCUUCAUGGUUAGCCAACGCCAUAUUGGUGAGUGGUUGAUAAGACAAAAGGCAAUAAAUGCUUAUGCAAUUUCUUGCUUUUAUGUAGGUGGGCAGAACUGAAUAUGUGGAUUGAUCAGGUGCUAGAGCACCAAGAGCAAAAAGGACGGUGUUCGAGUAUGAUAUUAGCAACGAUGACUGCUAAAAUUUGCACACAACGGUUAACAUCAAACUUGCUACUGCAGCUCCAUCCAUCCGUACUAGAUCGGCAAAGCGCCUUGACGCGAGGGUGCCGGUCAAACCAAUAUGGCCAAAUAGUGGAGACCAAACCGCACGAUGCAUUAGUAGGAAAGCAAGUUUAGCACAUGUAACAUGACAGAAGCCCAACUCCCAAGUGUGUGUAUUAAGGAUGGAAAUGCAGAGACUAUAUCAGGUUGGAAA